AUGUCUGGUCUUCCUCCCGUCUACAUCGUCUCUGCCGCCAGAACGCCCGUCGGUUCGUUCCUUGGCUCUCUGUCUAGCCUCAGCGCCACCCAGCUGGGUGCCACCGCCAUCAAGGCUGCUGUCGAGCGAGUUCCCGAGAUCAAGCCCGAGGACGUUGAGGAGGUCUUCUUUGGAAAUGUCCUCUCUGCCAACCUCGGACAGGCCCCUGCCCGCCAGUGCGCCAUUGGCGCCGGCCUCAAGGACACCACCGUCUGCACGGGAGUCAACAAGGUCUGCGCCUCGGGCCUGAAGGCCAUCAUCCUGGGUGCCCAGACCAUCAUCACCGGCAACGCUGACAUUGUCGUCGCCGGCGGUACCGAGUCCAUGUCCAACACCCCCCACUACCUGCCUACCCUGCGCAACGGCGCCAAGUUUGGCGACCAGAACAUUGUCGACGGUAUGCUCAAGGACGGUCUGACCGACGCCUACAAGAAGGAGCACAUGGGUCUCGCCGCCGAGCUCUGCUCCGAGGACCACGGCAUUGACCGUGCCGCUCAGGACGCCUACGCCAUUGAGACCUACACCCGUGCCCAAAAGGCCACCGAGGCUGGCGUCUUCAACACUGAGAUCGUGCCCGUCGAGGUUAGCGGCGGUCGCGGCAAGCCCGCUGUCAAGAUCACCACCGAUGAGGAGGCCAAGAACCUGAACGCCGAGAAGCUCAAGACCGUCCGCCCCGUCUUCAAGGCCCAGGGCGGUACCGUCACUGCCGCCAACGCCGCCCCCCUGAACGACGGUGCUUCCGCUCUCGUCCUCAUGUCCGAGGCCAAGGUCAAGGAGCUCGGCGUCAAGCCCAUUGCCAAGAUCCUGGGUUGGGGUGAUGCUGCCCGCGAGCCCGAGCGCUUCACCACCGCCCCGGCCCUGGCCAUCCCCAAGGCCAUCAAGCACGCCGGUAUCACUGAGAAGGAUGUCGACUUCUACGAGAUCAACGAGGCUUUCUCCGUCGUUGCUCUCGCCAACAUGAAGCUCCUGAACCUCUCCUCCGACGUUGUCAACGUCUUUGGUGGAUCCGUCGCCAUCGGCCACCCUCUGGGCUGCUCCGGCGCCCGUAUCGUCACCACCCUGACCACUGUGCUGCGCGAGAAGAAGGCCAAGAUUGGCUGCGCCGGUAUCUGCAACGGUGGUGGUGGCGCCAGUGCCAUUGUCAUUGAGAGCCUCCAAUAG